AUGGCGAGCAGAGCAAGCAUCCCUCUCCUCUUCCUCCUGGCAGCCGGUCUCCUCUUCGCGGCGGCCGUCGGGACCUCCAGGGAGGAGGAGGGCAGGCGCGGCGAGCAAUGGGAGCAUCAGCAUGGAAAGCAGGAGGGCCGCGGCCGUGGCGGCGAGCGAGAGCAUGAGGGAGAGCAGGAGCAGGACAGCCGCCGACCGUACGUCUUCGGCCCGCGCAGCUUCAGGCGCCUCGUCCGGAGCGACCAGGGCUCCGUCAAGGCGCUUCGCCCGUUCGACGAGGAGUCCAGGCUCCUCAGGGGCAUCAAGAACUACCGAAUCGAAAUCGUCAAGGCCAACCCGCGCUCCUUCAUCGUGCCAGGGUACGCGGACGCGGACGGCAUCAGCUACGUCGCUCAAGGCGAGGGGGUGCUGACGGUGAUCGAGAAGGGCGAGAAGAGGUCGUAUACCGUCCGUCAGGGCGAUGUCAUCGUGUCGCCGGCCGGGUCGAUCAGGCACCUGACCAACACCGAUGCCCAAAGGAAGCUGAUCCUCGCCAAGAUUCAACACACCAUCUCCGUGCCCGGCCAGUUCCAGUAUUUCUUGGGCGAGUCGGUCCUGUCAAGCUUGAGCAAACGAGUCCAGAGAGCUGCUUUCAAGACUUCGGAGGAGCAGAUGGAGAAGCUGUUGGGGAAGCAAGGGGGGAAGAAGGGGUUUUUCGUCCACGCGUCGGAGGAGCAGGUCCAGGAGCUGCGUCGCCAGGCGUCUGAGGGCGGCCAGAGCCACCUCUGGCCGUUCGGCGGCGACUCACGCAGCACCUACAACCUCCUGGAGCAGAAGCCCACCAUCGCCAACCGCCAUGGCCGCCUCUACGAGGCCGACGCCCGCAGCUUCCACGCCCUCGCCGAUCAGGACGUCCGCGUCGCCUUCGCCAACAUCACCGCGGGCUCCAUGACCGCGCCCUACUACAACACGCAGUCCGUCAAGAUCGCCGUGGUGCUGGAAGGCGAGGGCGAGGUGGAGAUCGUGUGCCCGCACCUGGCGCAGGACAGCGAGCGCCACCAACAAGGUCAGAGUCAGAGCGAGCGCGGCAAGGGCAGGGGGCGCGAGGAAGAAGACGACGAGCGCGAGCAACAACACAAGCAGCAAGGACGCGGCAGCGGGUCGGAGUCGGAGGAGCAGCAGCAGGAAAAGUACGAGACGAUCCGCGCGCGCGUGUCCCGCGGCUCGGCCUUCGUGGUGCCCCCCGGCCACCCCGUCGUGGAGAUCUCGUCAUCCCGCGGCAGCAGCAACCUUCAGGUCGUGUGCUUCGAGAUCAACGCCGAGAACAACGAGAGGGUGUGGCUCGCCGGGAAGAACAACGUGCUGGGGAAGCUGGACAGUCCCGCCAAGGAGCUGGCGUUCGGAGCGCCCGCGAGGGAGGUUGAGGAGGUGCUCCGGGCCCAGCAGGACAAGGGAUUCCUCGCCGGACCAGACGAGCAGCAGGGGCAGGGGGAGGAAGAAUGGCGCCACCGCGGUCGCGGCGAGGAGGCCGUGGAGAGUUUCCCGAGGAUGGCAACCGAUGCUUUCUGA